AUGCGCUUUGUUCUCGUUCUCCAUUUCCUCCAUCCUUUUCAGAAUGGUUGUGAGGGUGUCGUCACCUGCACUGUUAACGACAUUCCGUGUCCUGGGCGGGCUUAUGGAGGACGCUGGUUAGCGUGCCAGUUAGCCAAGCCUCAAGGAGCUUUUUACUGCUGGUGGCGUCUCUUCCACCACGGAUGUGGAGGCUCCAUUACCGAGAGAUUUUAUGAUGAUAUAAGCCCUGCGAUUUUGAUGGGACCUCGACGAGCUAUUGAUGAUAUCCCAAGUGUUCCAGCUGCUAAUCUUCAAGAGCAAUAUGAGGAUUUAGCAGCUCAACAACUGGAUUUACGAGCUAGUAUGGAUCAGAUGCACCAGGAACUUAAGGAGGACAUGGAUCGCAGGCAAAUGGAACUUGUUCAAUUGGUCAGGGUAUUUUUGGGUCCAAAUCCUCAAUAUGCUGCUAAUAAUCGUAAUCACAAUCUGGUAUUUCCUCGUUUUAAUGGUGAAAACUUAAAAAAUUGGUUGUAUCGAAUUGAGCAAUACUUUGACAUCGACAACACUCCUCUUAAUGAACGAGUAAGAUUAGUAGCUAUGAACUUAGAUGAUGAAGCUUUCGCUUGGCAUCAAGCUUUUUUAAAGUGUAGAGGUGUACCCGGCUUACCUGAAUGGGAGGAGUAUCUGGCUGUAUUGGUUGAAACCUUUGGGGAUGAGUUUGCUGAUCCUAUGCUCGAAUUAAAACAAUUGAAACAAACUGGUGGAUUGAAGGAGGAGUUAGUUCAUCCUAUUAUGAUGCAUGAACCUAAGACUCUCUCAAAGACCUAUCGAUUAGCUAGCCUUGCUGAAGCUACCCUAGCAGCUAAUGCUCGCAGCAUGAAACUAUCUCCUGGAACUUAUCAACAUAUUAACAGGAAACCUUCCUAUGAGUUGCAGGCCACUAAAACUCCUAACUCACAACUCUCAACUAUCCCUAAAACAGCCUUACUCCCUAAUAAUACCUCCAGUUCCAAAACUAGGAGAGUGAUUUCUCCAGCAGAAUGCAAGCAAGAAGGGCUCAGGGAUUAUGUUACUUUUGCAAUGAUAAGAUGUGAGAUGGAGGAGGAUCAUGUGAAGCCAGAGGAAGCUUCACCAACUGAGGAAUGGAAUGUACCAGAUGGAGACCCUCCCUUAAUCUCCUUAUGUGCUUUAAGUGGUCUUAAAGGGGCUCAAACUAUCCAUGUGAUUGGGUAUAGCAAUGAAAAGCCUAUUCAAAUAUUGUUAGAUGGGGGCAGUACACACAACCUCAUUGAUGCUGAGACUGCAGAUAGGUUGGGGUGUCACAUCUCUCCAACUAAACUGGGCUAUGUCAGCUUGGGCAACAACACUAUGGAGGCUACUUCUGGGGUAGUAAGGGGUUUCCAAUGGAUGUUGCAAGGGACUACUUAUACCUCAGAUUUGAUUGUCUUUCCUGUUGGGAAGUAUGACUUGGUUUUAGGGGCCCUAUGGAUGAAGACAUUAGGUCCUAUUACUAUGGACUACACUGAGCUUACUAUGUCCUUUGAUUAUCAGGGUAAACACCAUGUAUUGAGGGGUUUUACUGAGGAGUGUAAACUUUCAAGUUCUAAGGCUAUCAAUAGGAACUGUAGUGCAGGGGCUCAGUUCUUCAUGUUGGAAGUGGUUUCUCCUAGGACUUUGGAGGAGUGUCACCCUCAUUUUAAUGCACUUCACUUACCUGUUGAAGAUCCAUUGCCAGAGGCCCUUCAGAAAUUGCUUGACCAGUAUCAAUUGCUUUUUAAGGAGCCAACAUCUUUACCACCUCAGAGGGGAGUUUUUGAUCAUAGAAUUCCGCUACAGGAAGGGACUAAACCAGUGAAUAUCAGGCCUUACAGGGAACUAAAUCAGUGCACAGUUAAGGAAAAAUUUCCUAUCCCUAUCAUUGAUGAUCUAUUAGAUGAGCUUACUGAGGCUACAGUCUUCUCUAAAAUUGAUCUCGGAUCCGGAUAUCAUCAGAUUAGGAUGGUACCUGAGGACAUUCCAAAGACUGCUUUCAAGACUCAUUCAGGCCAUUAUGAGUACCUUGUCAUGCCAUUUGGUUUGACAAAUGCCCCUUCUACCUUUCAAUGCCUUAUGAAUCACCUACUCCAACAAUUUUUAAGGAAGUUUGUAUUGGUCUUCUUUGAUGACAUUUUGGUUUAUAGCAAGCAUCUGCAGGAUCAUAUCCACCAUCUUCAACAAGUAUUUGAAGUCAUGCAGUCUAAUAGCUUAUUAGCUAAACACUCUAAGUGUGUUUUUGGAGUAGCAAGGGUUGAGUAUUUGGGUCAUUUUAUCUCUGCUGCAGGUGUUGCAACAGAUCCAAAGAAAAUAUUGGCUGUGCAACAGUGGCCUGUGCCUACCACCUUGAAGCAACUCAGAGGUUUUCUUGGUCUUGCUGGAUACUAUAGAAAGUUUAUCAAAUCCUAUGGCCUUAUUAGUCAACCUCUCACUGAACUACUCAAGAAGGACAAUUUCAAAUGGACACCUAGUGUUGAACUGGCAUUUAUUGCUUUAAAGAAGGCCCUUACUACUGCUCCUGUCCUAGCCUUACCCAACUAUUCUCUCCCUUUUGUGAUUGAAACUGAUGCUAGUGGCACUGGUAUUGGAGCUGUUCUCAUGCAAGAAGGCCAUCCUAUAUCCUUUAUCAGCAAGGGCUUGGCCCCCAGGCAUGCUGCUCUUUCUGUCUAUGAGAAGGAGCUGUUGGCACUUGUUUUUGCUGUUAGCAAAUGGUCUCAUUAUCUGCUGGGACAUCAUUUUAUUAUACGAACUGAUCAGAAAGCUUUGAAGUAUUUACUUGAGCAGAAAAUCCACACAGAUGCCCAAAUCAAAUGGAUAGCCAAGCUUUUGCCCUUUGACUUUGAAAUUCACUACAAGAAGGGCCGGGAAAAUGUCGCUGCUGAUUCUUUAUCUAGAGUUCAAGGUGCUGAACUAAUAACCCUAUUAGUUUCUUCUGUUUCUACUGAAUUAUGGGAAGAAAUCAUGGCCAGUUGGUCUGUUGAUCCUCAGCUAAGUUCCCUCAUCUCAUCCUUACAACAGGCUCCUCAGAAAAACUUCACAUGGAUCAACCAUCAACUUAGAAGAAAGGGCAAACUGGUGAUUGGUAAUAAUACUGCUCUCAGAACUAAGUUACUCACCUUAUGGCAUUCAACUCCCACUGGAGGCCAAUCUGGCUUAGAUGCUACCACCAGGAAGGUCUGGCAGAAACUUCAAUGUUGGAGACUGGUGUUUGUUAAGUUGCAACCUUAUCGACAGUCUACUUUAGCCGGUUCUCCUUACCACAAACUCACCCCCCGUUACUUUGGCCCUUAUCCCAUUGCUGAAAAGAUUGGUGCUAUUGCUUAUAAGCUCUUGGUACCCCCUGAGGUUCUUAUCCACCCCACCUUUCACAUUUCUCAGCUUAAACUCUGUCACUCUCUCCCCUCUGAAAUCAUCCAUCCUCCUAUCAUUGAUCUUUCUAGCCAUCUGUGUCCUGUACCUGAAGCUAUCCUUGCUUGCCGUUUAAUAAAAAAGGGCAACAAGGCUGUUGCCCAAUGCCUUGUCAAAUGGUCUCAGCUUGAUGCUUCUUAUGCCACAUGGGAGUUGGUUUCUGCCCUUCGCACUCACUUUCCAGAUUUCACCCUUGAGGACAAGGGUGCUCUUCCACAUGAGGGUAUUGAUACACGAAAUGCUGACUUGGUAGCUGAGUAG